AUGCAUGAAAACGAAUUGACAAAUGAGCAAAGAGACCAAAUAAUCAGUGCUUAUCUUGUGGGUUCAAAUGCCUCAAAAAUAUCAGCUGCGCUAAGUAUUGCCUGUACAAUAGUAUAUGAAACUAUAGAUCGUUAUAAAAAAACUGGUUCUCCAUAUCCUAAAAAACGAUCUGGUCAUUCAAAAGCUCUUUCAUCCCGUGAUCAACAUUCUUUACAAAGAAUCGUUUUAAAGAAUAGAUUUUUACCUCUUAAUAAACUUACAAAUGAAUUAAAUCUUAAUUUUAAUACAACUUAUCAUCCUAAUACUAUUCAUAACUAUCUUCAUAAUUUUGGUUUAAAAGGUCAUGUUGCUCAUUUUAAGUCUUUUUUGAAGCAUAAAGAUCGUAUUAAAUGA